GGGGUAUUAAUACCGUAUUAUCAUGGUCACAUCGAUGGUUACCACGUGAUAAUUCACUUUAACAGCUCUUUCCGUCGAUUGAUAAAGUUGAAUAAGUCUAUUCCAGUGUUGUACAAUACAACAGGCCAAUGGGCGUACCUGAUCUAGCAGGGAAUCCACGUAUUCAUGACAUCAACACUGUCGACUUGUGUUGCCGACGGCUUCUCUUAAGGCUGAAUGUAACCGGAUAGCUACGUAACAAUGCAAACCACAUACCUAAAUAAGUAUGUAUGAAGCUCAGGUAAUUAAUUAUAACUACCUACGUACGCACAACUACCUAUGUAAGAGAGAAAUCUAUCCUCUUUCACACUCUCAUGGCGACAAACCCACAUGUACCAGGAGGUCCCCUCCCACUCGAGGACAAGAUCCUCGAGACAGGCGCAUCCAUGAUCCAAGACUUCCAGCCCACGAAGCAGCUAUGCGCACAUCUGAACGCCUUCCACACAUACGCCGACGAGCCGGGCCGCUUCGUCGAAGCGAACCACUACUGUGCGCACCUAACUGAAGACGUCCGCCAAUGCAUCCUCUACGACAGCCCCGGCCCCAACGCGCGCCUCAUCGGGGUCGAGUACAUGAUAACCCCACGCCUCUACUCCACCCUCCCCGCCUCCGAGCGGCAGCUCUGGCACUCGCACGCGUACGAGGUAACAUCCGGCAUGCUCAUCAUGCCCGGCCCUUCCGCCUUUCCUGGCGCCGUCCAAGCCUGGGAGGCGGCCGAGACGCAGGAGAUGAAGCAUGUCAUUGGCUUGUACGGCAAGGUGUACCACCUGUGGCAGACGGACCGCGGCGACGCGUUGCCCUUGGGCGAGCCCAAGUUGAUGACUAGUUUCACGGCUGAUGGACAGUUCGACUUUGAAAAAGUCGUGGGCGAUCGCGAUGCGAGGUUUGGCACGGAUUGGAGGCGGAAGAAGGAGUUGAGGAAGGGGAUUGAGAGGCCUGAGGUCCAUCCUGAUGCUGAUUUUGCUUGGAAGAGACGUAAUUUUAUGUAGGAUGUCAAAUGAGAACUAACUCAAUGCCAGGGGCGCGUUAAAUAAUCACAAGAUCUCCACGUCUAGAUGUGAGUCGGUGCCCUCAUAUAUGUUAGUCUCCUCCCUACUCAUCACCUAAAUAGCUUACUUAAAAAGGGGUUGAUUAUACAGUUCUGUGAAGAGCUGCCAAGCGUAGGAUUAAUUAUGCAAUUAGUCUAAGUAUUCUAAUUAACAAUGUUCGUUCUCAUCA